AUGGAUCAGAUCGCCUGGAAAGAAUUGUGCUGCUCGCUUUUCGAUUACAAAACCGAGAAGUAUGUCAUCGCCAAGAACAAGAAAGUGGGGAUUCUCUACCGGACGGUCCAGCUCUCCAUCCUGAUCUACAUCGUGGGGUGGGUCUUCCUGGUCAAGAAAGGGUACCAGGAAGUGGAAGCCUCCAUCCAAAGCUCGGUCAUCACCAAGGUGAAGGGCGUGGCCUUCACCAACACCUCGGAAAUGGGCAAGAGGAUUUGGGACGUGGUGGACUACGUCAUACCCCCUCAGGGCGAAAGUGUUUUCUUCGUAAUGACCAAUCUGAUCAUCACCCUCAACCAGCAGCAAGAUACCUGCGCUGAGAACCCGAGUAUUCCAGAUGCCUUGUGUUACCGCGACAAUGACUGUCCCCGGGGAGAAGCCGUGAUAGCCGGCAACGGUAUCAAGACCGGACGGUGUAUAAAAGUGGGGAAUAAUAUCAGUGGGACAUGUGAAAUCUUCGCUUGGUGCCCGGUGGAGAAGAAAGACAGAACCAAAUCAGCUCUUCUGCUUGAUGCGGAGAAUUUCACGGUUUACAUCAAGAACAGCAUCCGUUUCCCCAAGUUUAACUUUUCCAAAACCAAUGUCCUCGACACCCAAAAUGAUGCUUAUUUGAAAAAUUGUCGCUAUGGAGAAGAUCAUCCGUACUGCCCCAUCUUCUCACUGGGGAAACUGGUUAGCUGGGCUGGGAGCAAUAUUCGGGAGAUGGCAUCAGAGGGCGGGGUGAUUGGCAUCCAGAUCGAAUGGAAUUGCAACCUGGAUAAAAAACCGUCAGAGUGUAACCCUCACUAUUCUUUCAGUCGCCUAGACAACAAAUCUGCGGAGAAGUCUGUCUCCUCUGGAUACAACUUCAGGUUUGCCAAGUAUUACCGGAGGGCAGAUGUCGAUUUCCGAACGCUGAUCAAAGCUUACGGGAUCCGUUUCGAUAUCAUGGUGAACGGCAAGGCAGGGAAAUUUAACAUCAUCCCAACGGUAAUCAACGUGGGAUCCAGUCUUGCGCUAAUGGGAGUGGGGGCGUUCCUCUGUGACCUGGUGCUGCUGUACCUUCUUCGAAAGAGCGAGUUUUACAGAGGGAAAAAAUACGAGGAAGUGAGGUCGAAUCCCAAGAAAACUUUACCGGCAAGCACCAUUGACGGGAAUCAGGAGGCUGAGAACCAGAGUGAAGAUUCUUCAUCCCAGUUGGAUCAGCUUUAGAUGGUUGAGACCUAAAAGCUGUUUUGACUCUGGAACGACGUCAUCCGUUGUUAAGAGAAACCACGGACCCCAGGAAGCUGCAGGAAGGGAUUCGCUUAAGCUCUUAACGGCCUUCGUUUUUGGCAUCCUGAGCCAAGGAUAUCUACACAUGGCAGGAUUUUUAACUUUUUGAAAUCAAAACCAAACGCCAGGAAAUCCUGCGUUAAGGACCGCAGCUGCGUGGCGGAUAUAAAUCCUCUUUUAUGUGGCUUCUGGAUAACCUGACACCGCCAUCCGUAGCCUAUCAAAUGUACGUCAAAAGCCAAUUGAAGAGAGGACAGUUGUCCACGCUGAACUACUAUCAU